CCAAACCCUAACCCUCUUCUAAGUUCUAACACACUCACUCACCUCUCACUAUCGCACGCACUCUCACUCUCCUCACACCCUCUUCCUCACAGCACACACACCCAGACUCUGACGGAAAAAAAAGAAAGAAAAAGGAAAGAGAGAAAAGAGGAGACCGCGAGAAGAGAAGGGAGGAGGAAGGCGGGAGCUGUCCACCCCGAGCCACCAUGCGAGGAGAGAGAGAGUCGCACCUCAUCACCGCCUGCCUGGAGCACGCCGUUCGUGUCCCGUCGCGUCACCACCAGCCGUGUCCAGCUCGCUGCAGUUGCGUCGCCAUCAGAGGCCAGAACCGAGAGAAAUGCGUCCGAGAGGGGGGAGAAGUGCGAGAGAGGAGACGCGGAAGACGGACUGCCGCCGUUCUGCCUCGCCGCCGUCGAACUGCUACAGCCGCCGCGCCUUGUCUGUAUCGCCGCUAAGCUUCAGCCGCCGCCAUCUCUGUUUGGGGUCAUGGUCAUUGCUGAAUGAAGAGGGAGAGUUUAAGUCGGCCAGUGAAGGGAGGAAGAAAGAGUCGCUAUGGAGGAGCCGUUCACCAUCGUCGCGUCUGCUGUUGCCAUCAACGAAACUCGUCGUCAGGGGAGCAUCACCGACGUCACUGCUAAUGAACCGUCUCCGUCUCUGUUGUGAUCUUGCUCGGCCCCACACCCCCUUCAUUCUUGUCUCUAAGUCAGCACAAUUUUUCCCCUGUUCUGACUCCAUUUAUGAAACUACUUCAACUAGCAGGGGCGUUGCUAGCCUAACGUGUAAGCCACACGUUGGAUCUGUUAUUCUGUACGGACACACUAGCCUAACGUGUAAGCCACACGUUGGAUCUGUUAUUCUGUACGGACACACUAGAGGAAAGGGCUAUCCUUAGAGGUGGAGCUGCCCAAGUGUAGACUAUUUGAUUUGAUUUCUGUAUGAGAACUCCCUUAUUGAU